CAAGGAAAUAGAAAAACAUUUAGCAGCGGCUGCUCUGAACAAGCCCCUCCUUUGCUGCUUGGAUGUGACCGGCUGUACGCUGGAAAGAGUGCGCGUGUUGCCUUCAGGGUCCAGUGUGUCCAGUUUUUUUACGGUACGACGGACAACAACAUGGGACUGCUGUCCGACCCGAACAGGAGGCGGGCUUUGAUCAGCCUGCUGACCCGCCUCAAUGCCCCAAUCUGUGUGGUCUGCUACAUGGCGGGCGUGGCCUGGUUCAUGGGGUUGGCGUUCGAGCCCUUCACCCUGAGGACCUACAUGUCGGAGAAUGCCAUGGGCUCCACCAUGGUGGAGGAGCGCUUCCCUGCAGGGGAGCGGGCGCUGGGCACGGGCCGAGAGUUUUCAGCCCAUAAGAAGAAAGCAGGGGGGAUGCCAGUGGACUGGCUGGUGAAGACCAUGCAGUCUCGAGGGCUGGAGGUGUUUACCCAGAGGUUCUCUCGCAGGCUGCCCUUUCCCGAUGAAGACAAAGAGAGAUACAUGGUGAAAGGCACAAAUGUAUAUGGGAUCCUUCGGGCUCCGAGAGCUCCGCGGACCGAAGCCCUGGUGCUGAGUGCCCCCUGCAGCCCGGGCGAUGACAACAAUCAGGCGGUUGGGGUGCUACUUGGCUUGGCGCAGUAUUUCAGGAAUCAGGUCUUCUGGGCCAAAGACAUCAUCUUCCUCGUGAAUGAGCAUGAUCUCAUUGGCAUGCAGGCCUGGCUGGAGGGCUACCACCACACCAACACUACAGGUAUGGACUGGUCUCCGCUUCAAGGCCGCGGCGGUUCCAUCCAGGCAGCCCUGUCCCUGGAGCUCAGCAGUGACGUCGUCACCAGUUUGGACCUGGUCCUGGAAGGCCUCAACGGACAGCUCCCCAACCUGGACUUAGCCAACCUCUUCUACGCCUUCUGUCAGAAGAUCGGAGUCCUUUGCACCACCCAGGGCAAGCUGCAGAGGAACGACUGGGACAGCGUGUCCGGCUACAGCCACGCGGUCCAGACCAUGAUGCUGAUGGUGAUGAAGCAGGCCAGCGGGCGACCCUGGGGCGAUCACGGCCUCUUCCUGCGAUACCACAUCGAAGCCGCCACCAUCAAGGGCAUCAACAGCUUCCGUCAGUACAAGACCGACGCCACCACCAUCGGCAGGCUCCUGGAAGGAAUGUAUCGUAAGCUGAAUAACCUCCUGGAGCGCCUCCACCAGUCCUACUUCUUCUACCUCAUGCCGUCCCUCUCUCACUUCGUCUCCAUCGGUUACUACAUGCCGGCCUUCGGCCUCCUCGCCCUCAUCCUGCUGCUUCGCGCCUUAGACCUGUGGAUUCAACUCGCGACGCCACCGCCAAGAACAGAAGACGGAGUCGCCGACGCGGAGCAGAUGUCCAGUCCGGGCGUGCUGUCCGUGCUGACCCCCCUGGUGAUCAGCCACCUGACUGGAGUGGCUCUCUACACCCUGCCGAUCCAUUUCCAGGAGAUAGCCGUGGAACACUUCCCGGUGUCCGAGACCGAGGCCGUGGUCUUGACGGCCAUUGCCGUUUACACGGCGGGCCUGGCGUUGCCUCAUAACACACACAGGCUCCUGACGGGUCGGGGGACGGAGAACGGCUGGAAGGUGCUGAAGCUGGUCGCGGUGCUGUACCUGGCGGUGCUGCUCGGUUGCACCGCCCUCAUUAACUUCUCCCUGGGCUUCAUCCUGGCUCUCACCCUGGUGCCCGUGGCUGCCUUCGUCACACCCGACGUUCCAAAGGCUCUAUCAGCCUUCAUCAUGGUCAUCCUCAGCCCGGCCUGCACGCUCCUCUUCUCGGUCUUUCUCUUCCAAGAGCUGCAGGAGAUGCCCGUCAGCUUCUUGGACGGUUGGAUGCUCUACCUGUCGGUCAUCUCUCAGGGCAUCCUGGACCACGCCCUGUACGGCUCUCUGGUCUACCCGCUCGUGGCCCUGCUGGUCUAUCCCUGCUGGCUGCUUUUCUGGAACAUCCUCUUCUGGAAGUAAAAGUCUGUACAGGGCGACUGGAGGCUUUCGCGAGGUCGUCUCGGGUUCGUCUUCACCGGGGUUGUAAUGUGAAUGACGGGUAAAUCCACUGGAGAGACUGGGAAAGAAGAUGGAUGUCCGUAGUUCACUUGAAAAGAAUGCAUUGUUGUUGUUUGGGGGGGGGGGGGGGGGUCAGACUUGAUAAACGUGGAAUGUUUUGUACUGAAAUCUCACUUUCAAAUAAUUUAAGUGGGGACGAUCUUUUCACAAGUCAAUAUUGGAUUGCUUUUGGUUAAAAAAUAAUACGUUUUGUGGAUUUCUUUGUGGUACAUGAAGAGAAUGUGCUGGGUUUGUUUUUGUAGUGUUUGUUUUCUAGGCGGGAUGAUAACGAAUGACAACGGUGACCGACCGACCGAUGACGUGAUCCGGAAAAUGGAAGAAGCGACCCGAUUGGUUGGUCGUCCGCCUCGUUUUAAGUUAUCGGUUAAUCGAACAAGCCGUCACCGCAUCUAAUAUUUUUAUACUUGUUUUGAUAAAUUUCUUUGAAAUGUUUUAUUUCAUAUUUAUAAAUGCCAAAUAAAAAACUGAAAAGAACUUA